AUGUCGAAUGCUGUAGAUGACAUUGAGCGAUCUGAUAAAUACAAUGCUUUUAUUCAAGAUCUCAUGCAAUUCCAUUCUAGAAAAAGUACUCGACUUCAAACCGAGCCAGUAUUGGGAGGAAAAAAAAUCGAUUUGUUAAAGUUAUACGAAUCUGUACUCGAGGCCGGUGGAUUUGAUCAGGUCACCAAGAAUCGCAGCUGGAAAAAAGUAGGAGAAAUAUUUCAAUUCCCCUCUACCUGCACAAACAGUGCCUAUAUCCUCAAAGGACUUUACAUCCGAAACUUGUUGGGAUGGGAGGAAGAGAAGAUUUGGCGCAAAACGUGGGUACCUCCUAAAGAAUUAUUUGGACCAGAAGCACACAAGGCAUCUACACUAGCUGGAAAAUCUUACAAGAAGAAUAGCAGUCCGACUCAAAAGCCAUCUUCUCAUAAAUUCACUCGAGCUUACCAACCAAUACAACCCGAUCUUACCUAUCAAAAAGUAUCCGCAAAUCACCACCACCAUCACUACCAGCCUGCAUCACAACCAAAACCACAACCACAACCACAACAACCUAUUGAUGUGUUUGCCCUUCCACCUGGUUUCCCCGCCCUUGCCUUGGAAGGCUGUCCAUCGUUCGAACAAAUUUCAAUAACAGAUGAACACAGCCAAUGUUCGAUUUCAGAACUACAUCACCAAAAGCCCCCUCCUGAGCAUAUUCAUUCAACCGAUGGCAUGUCUUCUGGGUGUUCUGCAGCCCAGCAAUUUGACAACGAUACUAGACAAAGAAUCCUUCACGGAUUAGAGUACGGCACAUCAGUAGACAUUGAAUGGGCUCUAAAUAGCAUUGUAACACUUUCAUUCGAAUGCCCCGAACAACUUAGACUUGACAAGAUCCCUACUCUUUUGGAUCUUUUACUACAUUGCGCUGAGCCCUGCCUAGUCGAGAACACAUUUCCGGGAACCGAACCGAAUGCAAUGGAUUUAAUGAGUGACAGCCUUGACAGAUGCCAUGUGGAUCCUCAUAAAGCAAAGUCAGAAAUGGCACGUAGACGAAUAUUGACGGUGGUUCAUAUUUUACGUAACUUUUCAUUUAUCGAAAACAAUGCACGCAUAUUGGGAUCUAGCCAGCGUCUCCGCCAGAUGCUGGUGCGUGGUCUGGUACUCUCAUCCGGCUCUUAUUACACACAUUGUAUCGAUGUAAUGGAAAAUAUGGCACCGUAUAUGUUACUUGCAGGCCACGCAGACGAAGUAAUUUCUUGUUUGGCGUCCCUUAUAUAUGGAACCAAUAGACAUUUAUUGAUUGGAGCCUUAAGAACCCUGACCCUUUUGGCUACUUUGCCCGAAAACCAGCUAUACUUGAUCCCCGGAUCAACACACAUUGCAGAGAGAGUUACCCAUUUGUUGGUGGUAAACGAUGAAGAAUUGACCGGAACAGUACUGGAAUACUUGCUUCAAUAUACACGCAUGUCGAAUAUAUUCCGUUUACAAUUAUUGACCAUGCAUUCCGGAGCUGACAUUGGUAUAUUUGUGUCACUCUUGAUGCUAAAGUCCAAAUUCUUUGACCCUAUUACAAUUAAAGACGAUUCAUCAAGCGGAUCGAAUAGUCCUACACAAAGCAUCAUGAGUGGAUCACCUCAAAUAGAGACCCAUGCACAUGGGCCAUGUCUACCUCCCCUGGAUGAAUACCAACAGCUAGAUGAACCAUAUAGAUGCUUAGGAUGGCUUAAAGAUAAAUUUGAAGUCGCAGACCCAAUGACAGUUUUGUCGCUGGACGACAUGUAUCUGCUGUAUGAGAUGCGAUUUGACCAUGAAAAGGCUCUUAAAAUCAAAGAUUUUUAUACUGUUUUAAAGAUUGCCUUUCCCGUGGCAUCUCCUACAAUAUCACCUAUGGCGAAUGGUUCAGGUCCUGUUCUAGAAGGGACAUAUGUGCGUGGUAUCCAGAUUAAGAUGAAUAUCUUACAAGACGGUCCCACAAUGAUGUGCCAAUGGACUGAUUGCUCACAAAGUUUUAGAAACCCAUCCCUUCUUCAAAGCCAUGUCAUCAAAGACCAUGUUGGAUCUUCUUCAAAAGAUGAAGAGAUGUUUGGAUGCAUGUGGACUGACUGCGUGGAUUCAUUUGAAGAUAAGCGAGACAUGGCCUGUCACCUUCAGGAGCAUGUGUCCCAACCAACGUAUAUUGAUAAUUCAGAUGUUCAGGGUAUUGCACUUGUGGCUGCUCAUCUUCUUCGCCUUUUGUCGCGGGACAAUCACAGCCAUAUAUAUUUUAUGCCUUACGAAAAAGAGCUUUCUGUUGCAGCCUGUCAACGGCCGAAGCUAGCCAAGUUUGUCCAGACGAUAUUCUCUAAUUUCUCUCAUAGCAUCCAUUCUUCUGUGUAUAUGUCUUAG